AUGGGCGAUCGGCGCGUGUGCCUGGUGGCCGGGGAACCGCUCUCGCCGGGGGACAGCCUGGGGCCCGUGCCGGCCCUGGGACUCGGAGGAGUCGACCCUCUGGCCGCGCUCGCCUGGAGGUGCACCGAUGACCCGGCGCCCACCUCCCAGUCCACCGUCAAGGCUCUGACGGCGUGGCGCGGCGGUUCCGAGCCUCGCGAGGGCGAAGAGGAGCGCGGCCGCUGGCUAUGCCAGCUGCCUCCGGCCCGUGACUCCCAGGAGCAGAACGUGGAGGUGGUGGCCCACGGAGGACAGAUCCAGCUCAGGGCCACCCGGAGUCUGCAGGCGGGAGAACCGCUCCUCGCCUGGUUCGGCAGGGAACUGGCCGACCUGCUGCGCCUGCCCAGCAUCCCACCUUCCUCGAGGACCGGCCACGCGGGAGAAAAGACCUACCGCUGUCCGCUGUGCAGCGACCUGUUUUCACAUCCGCAUCCAGUCAUCUCCCACCUCAUGUACCGCUGCCCAGCGCGGCACCACGCCGCCGCCUCGCUGCUGCCUCCUAGUCCCGAAUUGAGCCCCGACCUGAGCGCCGAGCCCGGGUCCAACAGAAAGCCGGCCCUGACACCGGAGCCCAGGAGGGUGAAGGGCUUCGACAUCGCCUCGCUGACGGACACCAGCCUGGACCUCAAAGGCAACCCCGCGCGGGUGUCUCUGGACUCCUCCAAGUCUCCCGCUCUCGACUAUUCGUCCUCGUCGUCCCUGCCAGAUGACCUAUCCUUCAAGCGGCCAACCAAGAAGCGCAAGUCGGACGAAGACAACGCGCCGGCUUCGAGCGCCUUCAAGAAAGUGGACAAGACGGACAGGUCUCCUGGAUUGUCUCCCAUCGCCGGCGGCUUUCCGUUCGCCUUCCCUUAUUCACUGCCCUCUUCAAGUCCCAUCUGCGGUCAGUUCCCGUUGCUUCCUGUCUUUGGAUCGCUCUUGGACUCAAAGCUCGAGGAAGAGCUCAUCGACAAGGCGUCUGCGACGAGCGCUGCAGCGGCCGCUGCCGCGGCUGCGGCUGCGGCGGCCAGGAGGUUUCUUCCGACGUCCUGUAGCUAUCCCGUGCUGCCUUAUCUCCCGCCGUCUCUAGCAGCACUCUCGCUCCCAUCGCAGAACUGGUGCGCCAAGUGUCAGACCAGCUUCCGGAUGACUAGCGACCUGGUAUACCACAUGAGGUCGCACCACAAGCGUGAGACUGAUCCCGCUAAGAAAAGGCGGGAGGACAAACUGCGCUGUCACAUUUGCCACGAGAGUUUCCGCGAGAGGCAUCACCUCACCAGGCACAUGACUUCGCACCAGUGACUUCUGUCGCUCUCCAAGUCGUCAUGACGUGUGGUGUGUUGUGAAGUUGUAUUGACAAAAACUGCAGCGUACCUGCUUUCUGGGCCUGUGACAAGACGUUCCCCCUUCCACAAGGGUUCUCGGGUCAGCUAACGUUCUAAUGUAAGAUGUAGUAGCCUUUUCAUGCGCUUUCCGUGGUUACUCUCGCAUUUCGAGGUAUUUGUGCAAAGGACUUCGUCGUCACGAAUAAGGGAGAAGUAACAGUCGGCAAUGUUUCGUAUACACGCGUUCUGCAUAUUGAAAGGGCUUUUAAGGGAAGAACGGUGGUCGUGGCUAAUGUCACUGGAUCUUGGGACGAUAUCUUCAAACUCCCCAUGGCCGUUAUUUUGGUUCAUGAAAUGAGAAGUUUCUUUUUGACCUCCUCAUUCUUGGUGAGCCGAAUCAAAUUCGCUGGUGACGGGUAGCUUUAUAGAGACGUUUCUGGAAUAGCAGGAUUUUGUUAUCCCGACACCGGCGAAACAAGCGCACAUCUUCGCUUCGCCACCACUUGCGGCGCUGGUGCUUGGCGGCAUUAAAACAAAAAAUCUGUCUUUAACUACGAAAAGAA